UAGUGAUUAGUAAGCGGCGGGUGGAAACGUCAUUGGUUUUACGCUUUUCCCCUGGCAUUCGCAAAUAAAACUUAAAGUCACGCACAUGAAAAAAUUACUUUCGUUAGCCAAACAGACUCACAAAAAAAACCUUUUGGAAUCUGCAAAAUUGCCCAGUGCUUUUUGGAAACUGCCAAAAUACAGACCAUAAACAUAAAUAGGCCAAAAGCCGAGUGAUCAACGCAGAGAUUCGAGCUACAUAUACAUAUAGUAGAGCUAGACCAUGUCGUAUCAGAUCAAAUCGACACCGUAUUUCCGGCGGAUGUUCAACAACAGCAAGAGGAAUGGACAGUUGCAGAGAUUGGCGGAGGAGUACGAGCGAAUCCAGGAGUUCAACGAUCGCACCAUCGAUCUGAAGAUGCGGCAGGUGCGUUUGAAGCGGCUUUUCCGCGACAUUGAGGAGAUCAAGGAGGGAGGAUCUGGUGCUGGUGUUGGUUCUGGUGCUGGUUCUGGUGCUGGUACUUGUAUUGCCCCAGAUACUCCAGCCCCCCAUCUCAACAGAAUCCGCGUUGGUCCAUCCAUUUCUCCGGCUGGUGGACGCCAUCCACAACGGAGGAAUCUACUCAGAUUGACCAAUGCCACGCCGGAGCAAAGGGCUCAUGAGCAGCGGGUGAGGGCUUUGGCCAGAGCACGCGAACUGGGAAUGGAGAUGUCGCGAAGGAACGCGCAAAUAUUCGCGACCGGAGCCGCUGAAUUCCAGAGGACUGAGCUCCGGCUUUCGGCCAAAAUGCAGGCGGUGGCCGAUGCCCGGAAAGAUGCCCUUAAUCGCCGGGAGCGGGCCACCAAGCGAAUCACCUACGGCAACGAACAGUCGCGACAGAAUCUGCAGCGAUUGCUCCUGGUUCGCCAGCGACGCCUCUGCGGUGGGAAUCGGCCACAGCUGCAACCCAAUCUGCAACCCAAUCUGCAACCCAAUCUGCAACCCGAUCCCAUUCCCCGACAGACACCAAGGCGGGAAAUAAGUUACCCGUAUGCGGAUUACCGCCAACUGGAAGUGCUGCCGGUUGAGGACAAGGAUGAGAUGUCGCCAAGGCAGCAACUCAUUCGGCGGGAUCAGGAGGUGGAGGAGGCUGAGCCGCAGUCGCAGCUGAAGGAAGAGCACUUGAGGAGGCUGGAGGUGGAACUCAGGCUGGAGGAGGAGGAGGAGGAUUCCCUGGAGGAGAACCAUCGGCGUUUUAGUGGGCUGAAGCUAGUUCCGUUGUCGUCCCAGGAGGAUGUGUGCAGCGAUGAUGCCAACAGCGUACCGCAGCGACUACUGGUGCUGAGGCGCCAGAAUUCCGAGCUGCGGCGACGACGCCAGGCAGACGAGGAUGAGGACACUUCGCCCCAGCGGCUGGCACGCUUUUCGCUCAGCUCAACGAACUUUAGCACGGCCACGGCGGAAACCACGCCACCGAAAUUCAAGGAGGACGUAUCCCAGGACGGCUCCGAUCUGGAGAUGCACACUGCUCCGCUGGCCACCGAGGAUCGCUUGGACCUGGGCUUCCAAUCCGCCACCAUAGGUAGCCAUCAACCCACAGAACGAGUGCCCUGGGAGGAGGAAACACAGCCAGGCCCAAGCAAGUGGCGGCAAAUCUCACUGAUGAUGCCCAAGUUUAAGGCCAUUCCCGGCCUCACGAUGAACAGUCAAUGCGAGGAGAUGGUGCCAGCACAUGGCUCGAAUCCCAUGUUCUCCUGCCAGUUUAUCAAUGCUGCCACACAGGCGGAGGAGGGGGAAAAGGAGGAGGAGGAGGAUUCGGACCAGUCGUCGCCGUUUUCGUCUCCUCAAGGCGAGAGUCUGCUGUCCACCUUCCAGUUCAUUGGGGCCACGGAGCAGUAGGUUCAUAUUCAGGAAAGGAUCGCAGGAGUUCCAGUCCGAAAUCUGUGGCAAAAUCUCCCAAAGGAAAGCGGUGAUCAGUUUACUGAAAUAUACAAAUUGUUCAUUCAAAUUCUAAGUUCACUUAAGCUAAAUAAUUUGGCUAGUUUCAGAAAUAAAUAAUGUCUUAGUAAUA